AACCUAGAAAACCAGAACUGAUUCUAACAUGAGUGAAUCUGCUGAGGCAGAGAUAUCAGGAGCCGCUGUGGCUUGUGAAGCCAGGAGGUAAUUCCUGCAUGCAGACUCUUGAACAAACCAUCAGGAUUUCACUGUCAAUAACAUCCUGACUCCAUGAAGCCUGCAUGCCACGCUGAGGUGCGCGGUGUUCCCGUGCGGUGGAAACUUCCACACGCCGCCCGUCACAGCAGCGGGUCCCGUGCAGACGGAGCGAGCCGAGCGCCGAUCAGCUUCCCAGUGUUUACCUGCAGACUGACGUGCAGUGCGCUUCAGCAAACCUCCCAGAUUUUACAGUGUGCGACUUGUUCGAGCUCCGACGUCUUCCAGAAAGCUGACCCACCUCUUGUAGCCGAGGCAGACGCAGACAGACGAAUGUUUAGAGGUGAAUCAUGGAUGAAGGAGUGCUUAUGGAAACAACGACCCGGUUGGAGGCGUCAGGCAGCAGUAGGAGUGUUGUUGGGGAAACCCGGUGUAUAUAUAGGAGGUGAGGAUGUCUCUGCAGCAGCUUUCUGUCUGUUUUUCUGUCUCUUUCUCCCAGCCGGCUCCAUCAUGCUGCUCCGCGCUCUGCUGCAGACUUCACUGGUUCUCUGGCUGGCUCAGCAAACUCUGCAAGGAGGAGUUAGUCCUCAAAAUGUUGCCUUUGGGAGAGCGCUGCCAGUUCGAGGAGUUGGUGUUGGAGUAAAACCUGGAGUUACUGGAGCCCUGGGAGCAGUAGGAAACCGAUAUGGUACAAAAGCAAUGAAGACUGGGCUUGGACGUUAUCCUGCGGCUCAUCUUGGUGUUGGAGGAUACAGAUCUCUUGGACUGGGAGGAAGAGGAGGCCUGAAGCCCGGUGGAUAUGGAACCCCAGCGGGAUAUGGCGCCAGUCUGGGAACAGGAAUGGGACUGAAUGCUGGGCUUACCAACGGACUGGGACUGGGCCAGGCAGGAAAACGUGUGUAUGGUGCAGGCCUCGGCCAACUUCCAGGAUAUGGAGCUUUCCCUGGCAUUGGGUACCAAGGAGUACGGCCAGGUGUGUCUGCGGCAGAUUUGGGUGGACCUGAAGGGGCGAGUCUGGCACAAGCAGCUCAGGAUCUUAAAAGAGAAAAGAUCAGAGCUGUAGAUGAAAUGCUUGGAGAGCGAGAACAAUCGCUGAGGAGAAGCAACGCAUUCGGUCCGACUGUUCCCAGAAUUCACGCAAGAAUCGAAGUCAAACGACUCAAUCCGAGCAUGCCGUCGUCAAAUCUCAGACCUUCAUUUCCUCUUGAUAAACAGAAUAAAAUUCUGGGUGGAAAAUAUGAACUUGGAGGUCAUGAGGCCAUGCUGGCAGGCGCAGGUAUAAAUAGACAACUUCCUGUUGAUCAAGACGUCAAAAGUCUGGAUUCCUACAAUUCUGGACUUCACAAUCCCAGAGAAACGGCAAAUCAAGAUGCUACAAACUGUGGAGCUCCUGCUGGUUUGCCAGAAAUGUUGGGCAUUAAUCCUUCAGAGGUCAAAGCUGGGAAACGCUUCAGGUGUAAAAAUCUUCCUGCACAAGGUCAAGAUGGCAGAAGUGAUGUUUUCUUCCCCGUGCAACGUCAAGCAGGCAUCAGUCCUUUAACUGCACCAGAAAGCAGUCAGGACCUCCAGAGAUGUCUGGCUCAAGACAAAAUCAGGGUCAGAGACGGAUCCCAGCGUUACAAUCCGAUCAGGGCCCAAAGUUUGGGCGUCACCUUAACCAGAGAGGAGCAGGAAGUUGGCGGUUUUACUCAAGAAGAUGCCAGACUCCUUCCUAUCGCUGGACAUGUAAGCAGAAAGUCAAAACCUCUUCGUUUGCCAGAGCAGACUGAGAGGAAUACGCAGGCGGCAAGUUACAUCGGAGGAGCAGGAAACUAUCUGGGCACUGCAGGUUACGGCGCAGGUUUAGGACAGGGCGCUUAUCUGGGAGGUGCUGCUGGAAAACUUAGUGCUGCUGCUGCGCUUGGACAGGGCGCGUAUCCACAGGGCGUUGCAGGGAAAUCAAACGGAUACGGUGAUGGAGUGACGGGAUAUCUUGGUGCCAUGGCGGGCAACGGCUUCGGUUAUGGAAACGGAUACGGUGAUGGUUACGGAGCAGGGCUUGGUUACCCUGCAGACUUAGCUGAUGGUGCUGAGAGCAAAUCGGGAAAGAUUGAAGCUCUCAGUACAGGUGGCUACGCCGGACCGGUCCAGGGUGGAUAUGGAGGACUUGGUACGGGUCUGGAAUCAGUUGGAGGUAAAUAUGGAGGAGCCGCUCAGGUUCCUUACGGUAACGCUCCGGUGAUCCCUGCUGGACUGGAAGGCGACGGCGGAUACCCGUAUGCAGCUCAGCAGCUCGGCCUUGCAGCUGAAAGCGCCAAAACCGCCAGCAAAUACGGUGCUGCUGCAGGAUUUGGGACCCAACAAACAGGUUUCGGCGCAGCGCUCGGCGCCUCUCAGGAUGCUCUGAUGGAGCAGACUGGUAAAUAUGAUGGACUGAAUGCUGGCCUUGGUAAUGGUUACAAAGGUUAAGAAAAUGCGGACCUCUGUAUGUGGAUCAUCUCUAUAAUAUUUCCAAUGUAAUGCAUUAAUGCAGAGUUUUAUUCCUUCUGUUUGACUUUUGUUGUAUGUUUCUCCAUUUAUUUGUCUUGACCUUGCAAAGCCUGCUGUACCUUGUGUUCUGUUUUAUUUAGUCAAAGUUUGUCAGGUGAUGAACAUAAAUAGAUGCAAAAAGCAAGAAAUGUGUUUAUGUUUUGUAAAUCAAGAUUAGCCUGAUGAUCUUAUUGUUUCAGUUGAAUAAGUCAUCAUGUAAUGUGAUGUGGAAUAAAAAAGAAACUUUCUGAGUCAAUA